AUGAGCAUCAUAAGCUGGAACUGCCGCGGGGUAGCAGCUCCCGCGACAGUUUCUGAAUUGCACAGUAUGUGCAAACAAUUCAAGCCUGCAAUAGUAUAUCUAAUGGAGACUAGAGCUAGAGAAAGUACUAUUAAAAAGUUGAAAAGAAGGCUACAUUUUGAAAAUGUAUUUCACAUAGAACCCCGGGGACUGUCCGGAGGGCUAUGCCUUUUGUGGAAUGAAAUAUAUAAUAUUAAUAUUUACUUUUGGUGCGAUAAUCAUAUAAAAGCUCGUAUUGAUGAUAGAAAAGGAAAAAUAUGGGAGUGUAACUUUAUAUAUGGGAAUCCAUGUUUUGGAAGGAGAAAAGAACAAUGGAGGACAAUCACAGCGAAUAACAACAACAAGGGGGAGCCACAGCUAUUCAUCGGGGAUUUCAACGACAUUUUAAGCCAAGAAGAGAAAAUUGGGCUACAUCCAAAGCCACAGAAUCAGGUGAGAGAAUUUAGGCAGUUUGCAGAUAUGAAUUACCUUAUGGACUUAGAUAUAAAAGGAGGAAGAUUUACAUGGUUCGGAAAUCCAAGAAAUGGAUUCAUCACCAGGGAAAGGAUAGAUAGGGCAUUAGUAAAUUGGGAAUGGAGAAUAUUAUAUCAGCAGGCAUCACUCAAAGCUCUGCCAGCCAUCAGUUCUGAUCACUGCCCAUUGGUUUUGGACAUAAAUCAAGUUCAAAGGACAGAGAAAAGUUUCAAAUUCGAGGCCUUCUGGACCGAUCAUGAGGAUUGCGAGAAUACGGAAGAAAAAUAUUGGGGACAAAGAGCUAGGUUGAAGUGGUUGAAAUGGGGAGAUAAGAACACAGCUUUUUUCCAUGCUACAACCAUUCAAAGAAGGGGAAGGAACCGAAUCGAUAAGCUCAAAAAUGAGGCGGGCUUCUGGAUACAAAACAGGAAAGAAAUCAUGAAGCACAUAGAGGAACGAUUUGAUGCGCUCUUUACUUCAAACAAUAAAAGGAAUUGCGAGUCAGUCGUAAACAAGAUUCCAGUAAGAGUCUCGGAAGACAUGAACAGGGAGCUGAUCGCAGAGGUCACAGAAGAAGAAAUCAGGAAAGCAGUUUUCAGCAUGGGCAGCCUCAAGGCUCCUGGACCAGACGGCCUGAAUGGACUGUUCUAUCAAAAGCACUGGGAGAUAAUCAAAAAAGAGGUAUGUGCAGUAGUCAGAGAAUUCUUUCGGAACGGGUUCUUGCCGGAAGAGAUUAGCGAAACCAUAGUAGUUUUAAUUCCAAAGGUAAAAGAUCCGGAAGAACUCAAUCAGUUAAGACCAAUUAGUUGUUGCAAUUUUAUUUACAAAAUAAUAACCAGGGUCAUAGUGUUGAGACUAAAAGGGCUCCUCGAGGAUAUAGUGUCCCCUACCCAAAGUGCAUUUGUGGGUGGAAGGCUCAUACAAGAUAAUGUAGUAAUCGUCCAAGAAGUCUACCAUAGCCUAAAUAGGAAAGGAAGAGAUGGAUCAGAAAAUGUUGCAAUCAAAUUAGACAUGAACAAGGCGUAUGACAGGCUGGAAUGGGAUUUUCUCGAAAAAGUGCUCAAGAAAUUUGGGUUCGCUGAGAAGUGGGUUGACUGGGUGAUGAAAUGUGUUAGAAGUGCGAGUUAUAGGGUAAGAGUCAACGGUGAGUUAUCGAAGAAGAUAAAGCCUCAGAGGGGUCUUAGACAAGGGGAUCCAUUAUCCCCAUACCUGUUCAUUUUAGCAGCGGAGGUAUUCACGAUUCUUAUGCAGCAGGCUAAAGAGAAAGGCAAUAUAACGGGUCUAAAGAUAGCCCCAACAGCUCCGGCUAUUACUCACUUGUUGUUUGCGGACGACUGCAUUAUUUUUGCGAAGGCGAAGGAGGAGGAGAUUUUUCAGAUCAUAACCGUACUAAACGAAUACACAGAGGCAUCCGGGCAAAGAAUUAAUAUGAACAAGUCAGGCAUCUCCUUUGGAAGUCAAGUGCCGAUACAAACGAGAGUAGACAUAGAAGAGAUUUUAGGAAUGAAAACAUGGGACACGCCAGGAAAGUACUUGGGGCUACCAGCCAUAUGGGGAAGAUCUCACAACAAAGCUCUAGCAUGGAUUGAAGAGAAGAUCAUGAAUAAACUAGAAGGGUGGAAAGAAAGGUUGCUGAAUCAAGCAGGCAAAGAAACUCUAAUAAAAUCGGUAAUUCAGGCAAUACCAUCGUAUAUCAUGAAUGUGAUAAAGUUCCCGAAGAGCUUUUGCGGGAGAAUUUCCACGAAGGUCGCGAGAUUCUGGUGGGCAGCAUCGGGGAAGGAACGGGGCAUUCAUUGGAAGAAGUGGGAUAGCAUCACUGAUAGCAAGAGUGAAGGGGGAUUGGGGUUUAAAGACCUGGAAAAACAAAACACUGCCUACCUGGCAAAACAAGCAUGGAGAGCUCUCAAAAAUCCAAAUGCAAUCUGGGUACAAAUUUUGAAAUCGUUGUAUUUCCCGGACGGCAACUUCUGGACAGCAACGGGUAAAAAAGGCGCCUCAUGGGUCUGGAGAAGCAUCUUACAUGGAAGAGAGCUAUUAAGGAAAUGCGCAAAGUGGAGCAUAGGAGAUGGCUCCAAAGUGAGCAUCUGGAAAGACAAUUGGAUCGCAGGCAGGAGCAGCCCUCUCAACACAAACAGCACAGAUGACUCAAAGGUUAAGGAUCUCAUUGUAAAUGGGGAAGGCUGGAAUAAAAAGAAGAUCGAGAGCAGAUUCUCCCAAGAAAUUUGCAAGGAGAUACUUAGCACCCCUGUUAGUGUAGUGAACAAAGAAGAUCAUCUGUAUUGGCCAUGGAGGGAAGAUGGGAGUUACUCAAUAAGAACUGGAUACUAUGCUGCAAGAAGAGUUGAGCAGAAUAGCAAAUAUGGAAAUCCAUCAACAAGUGAAGACAAAAGGGAGAUAUGGAGGGAGGUAUGGAGAAUGGAAGUACCACAGAAGAUCAGAAUGUUUUUAUGGAAAGCCUGUCAUGAUAUAUUACCCGUAGGUUCUAACUUAUAUAAAAGAAAGAUGGCACCAAAUCCAGUUUUCCAGAUAUGUUUAAAAAGUCCAGAGACAGUAGAACACGCACUACUACUUUGUGAUUGGGCUAGGGCAGCAUGGUUCGGAGCGGAAUGCCAAUGGACCCCAACAGUGGAGACAGUAAGUUCUAUCGGAAAUUGGGUGGUCGAAUGUAUAAAGAAGUUGAGAGCAGGUGGGGGAGAGGACAUGGAGAAGAGGAUCAGCAAGCUAGGAUUUCUCAUGUGGGAAAUAUGGAAAACAAGAAAUAACAAACUGUUUCAGCAGCAGGAUGUAAAUCCUAAAUGGACAAUCUACAGGGCUAAAGCACUAGAGGAAAUCUACUGGAAGCUAGCAGAAAAACAGCACACACAGAAAACAGAAGGUAAUAAAAGUAAAACAAACCUGGUGAAAUGGAGACCUCCCCCUGAAAACUGGUUGAAGGCGAACGUUGACGCAGCAUUCAGGAAGGAUACAGGAACUGGUGCAAUUGCUGUGGUUAUCAGAGAUCACAAAGGAAGAAUCAUAUUAGGUUUUUCAGGAAAAAUCCAAGCCACAUCAAGUACUGUGGCAGAAGUCCAGGCAGUAAGACAAGCAUUAAUCAUAGUGAAUAAUUUACAAAUGGGCAGAACCUUAAUAGAAACUGACAACCUAAAGCUAGCUCAAGCUAUCAAAUCUAAAAUAGCUUUAGGAGAGGCUAUGGCCAUAUUCCAAGACAUUCAAAUUUUAAUGGCGAAUUUACCUGAAAAGGGAAUGACUUGGACCCCCAGAAAUGGAAAUCGUCUAGCUCAUGCAGUGGCGAAAGCGGCAGAAGCAGAGACACUACGAGCAAACUGGAGCACUAAACCACCUACAGAAAUACAGAGCAUUAUUAGAACAGAGCUUCGAAUGUAA